ACCUACAGCUGAUAAACGUCACCAUCAGCUGACUUUAUGAGCCUGUUUUCUACAGAUUAAACUGAAAACCACAAGCUGAAGACAGAUCAGUUCAAUUCUUCAGAACGAUGAGGUGAGGACUCAGACAGAUCCCGAUCAGAGACAUUUUUGGCUGAUUUUUGUCCUUCAUUCGGGAUCAAGGACAGGAGACACUGGACACACUCUGGAAACAGUUCUGGCAGGUCCUACGGGUGUCAGGAAGAUCCAUCAGUGUCGUCAGGGCGUCAAGAAAACCAGGAUGAAGAGGGGUAUCAGGGCGGGUCUGACAGGCCUGCAGAAUCCUGGACUGGAGCUGGAGGUGAUGGGGAGCACUGACACAAUCCAGGCCUCAGAGUGUCCUCAGGGGUCCAGGUCCUCAGUGUCAGCAGCAGUGAAGGCUGCAGCUCGGUGGGCAUCGUACUCCUGUGGACGCUGGAUGCAGAGAGGAAGAAAACUGACAGGAGUUGAGCCGGAGACCAGGUACAGAGGUCUGGCUGAGGAUGAUGAAGGUGAUGAAGAGCAGGGAGACGAAACCGACACAACAAAUAAAAACCAGGAACUGAACAAAAGACUUCUGGAUCACUUCAGACACCUUGCCGCUACGGACCAGGACUCUGACCAGCUGGACCUGGGGUUCCUGGAUGACCUGAUCUCAGACGGAGCCGAUCCAAACAGCUCAGACAGAUAUGGACAAACCGUCCUGCACGAGAUCUCCAGGGCAUGGAGUGUUGACGUGAUGCGGUUCUUCCUGGACCGGGGUUCAGAUCUCCUCCGCCCAGAUCAUUUUGGAGUCACAGCGCUGCACGUGGCCUCGGCUCUGGACUACCAGGACAUGGUCCGGUUCCUGCUGGACCAGAACGCUGAUCCAGAGGCUCAGACUCUCCUGGACCAGCAGACUCCUCUUCAUUAUGCUGCAAAGAACGAUGCUGUGGGUUCGAUCAGACUCCUGCUGCAGGCCGGAGCCUCCAUCAGCUGCACCGACUACAAACGCAGAACACCACUGCAGCUUGCCGCCAACCUGGAGCGCAGUGAGGCAGCUCGGGUCCUGCUGGAGCUCGGGGCAGAGGCAGGGAUGAAGGACUCUGAUGGACAGCUUUGUAUAACUGCUCUGAUUGGCCGGAUGAGUCCAGUGGCCCGGCUGGCCCUCGCUCAGUUCCAUGUGGUUGACAGAAUGACCAGACAGCAGUACUACUACCUGAACCUGCUGGAACCGGAUCCAGAACCACACUCACCUGAGAAGCACCUGCAAGAAGCAGUGGUCAGUGAGCCGAAGUCUCCACUGGAGGUGGUAGUUCAGGAGGGAAAACUGGACCUGAUCAUGAAUCCAGUCUUUCUCAAACUGAUCCAGGUGAAAUGGAAACUCUAUGGCAGGUUGGGGGCGUGGCUUCUCCUCAUCCUCAACUUCCUGUUCAAUGUCUUCUGGACAACCGUUGCCAUCUCUGUGUCCGUCCACCGAGACUCACCUGAUCGCUAUGUCCUCCCCCAGGACUGGUGGCGUGUCCUCUUCGUGGCCCUGGCGCUCUUGUUGACCCUGGGGGAGGUGCUGAGGGAGUUGCAGGACAUUCUGCGUUCACAGAGGAAGCUCCGGCUCUGGAAGCUGUGGGCGGAGCAUCGUCUCCAUGACGACCUGCGCUGCUCACAUCCCAUGUGGCCUCAGGAGAGAGUUUUCCUGUUGGAUCAGAACAAACGGAUUCACAGGACGAGAGGAAGCUACAGCCGAGACCUGUGGAACAUCUUUGAUUGGCUGGUGUACUCUCUGCUGAUGGCGUCCUUCAGCGCCCAUGUGGCUGAUGUCAUUGGUCCAUCUGUCCAUCGUCACACCCUCAGUCUGCGUCUGUUCUCUGUCACUGUCGUCUUCCUGUGGCUGCGACUCAUGAAACAUGUCAGAGCCUUCAGGUUGAUGGGUCCAUUCAUUGUCAUGUUGGGGAGCAUUGUCGGGGAUGUGAUGCGUUUCCUCUUCCUGUACGCUGAGAUCUUUGUUCCCUACGCCUGCAGCUUCUGGAUCAUAUUUGGAGGCUUGCCCUCGGUUCCCAGCAUGCAGUCUGUCUCCGGCCUGCUCUACAGUCUGUACCGCAUCACUCUGGUGGAUGAGUACGAGUACGCUGCCAUGGUGACGGUGGACAGCAUCAUGGCUCCUUUGCUGUGCGGGACAUUUCUGGCUGCGUCCUCCAUCCUGUGUGUCAACCUGCUGAUUGCCCUGCUCACCGACACCUUCCAGAGGGUUCAUGAUAACUCGCAGGCUAAUGCUGUGAUGCAGCAGGCCACCGUCAUCCUGCAGGUGGAGGACUCUAUGCCCCUCCUCCGCCGUUUCUUUGACGAUCAGUACGUCUUCAACCACUGCGCACCGCUGGCCGACGCCUACGACGACGACUUUGCCACAAACCCCCGUUACCAUGACGAGAUGGGACGCAUCACCGCGAGUAUCAAAGAGACUCUGGACCAGUUCCUGGUCCUGCAGAGAGAUGUGGAGACGGUUGCAGGUUCAGGAGUCCAGAACGUGGACAACUACAACAAGGAAAAUAAGGACCAACAGAACCAGGACCUGCAGAACCACGAGCUUCUGGCCAUCCGAGUGGAGCUGCGGCAGCUCCGGACUCUGGUCCAGCAGCUGAUCCACAACAGGACCGAAUCUGAGAGGACCAGACCGGUGUCCUGUCCUUCAGACGUGGUGUGAGGACUCUUAUUUUGAAAAGUAAAAUGAGUAGAAAUUUGAAACCAUGAUCAGCUGAUGAUGUAACUGCAGCCCUCCCAGGAUGCACUGGGGCAACAGAUUGAUGGACAGUGUGAUGUUGUGUCCUGCAGAGUUGUGGUUUACUGUGUUUUACUUUGUUCUCCACUGAGUCAGUCAAAUAUCAACAAACCAACACAUCGAAACUUUACCUUCAACUUUUACUGUGAUUCAGUGUGAGAUCGAACUCAGCUUCCUGUGAUGAUGUGUGAAACACAACGUGUUACAGCCGGACUCACUGUGAACUC